AUGUUUCGGAAGCCGAAAAGCAAAGCAGCGAUUCGACAAAGAACUGAAAUUAAUUGGGAAGAAGGAAAAGAUGAUGAACAAAAAGAGGUUAGUUAAAAAUCACGGCUGUCUUGAUAAUGAAAUUUUAAACUGUGAUUUGGAUAUAAUUCAAGAUGGCUAAAAAAAUAGUUUUUUUUCAGGAAGCACCAAUCAUUGUGAAAAGAUCUGAACCUCAAUCAAAAUUCAGUUUUGAUCAAGAUGAAGGCGCGGAUUCCUCCUUUGAAGUAAAGAAAAAUGUAAAACAAGUUGAAGAUUUGAAAAGAAUGCGAAGAUUGGAGGAAGAAGCUGAAAAAACGAAAAUUGAAAGACAAAAAGAAGAACAAAUCAGAAAGGAAAAAUUGGAAAAAAUCGUGAAAAAAGAGAAAGAGAAGAAACAUGAAAAAUCAUCAGAUCGAAAGAAAUAUCUUGAAAAAUAUCGAGAUGUUUCAGCAAAACAUGUUGGAAGUGGAUUUGAUGAAGAUUUGGAUAUUGAUGAAGAACUUAUAAGCGAAAGAGAUACUCGAAACAAAUUCUCGUCAACUCUCAGUUCAUCAAUUCCCGAUUCUCGAGCUGUUUAUGAAGCGAAAAAACGAAGGGAAAGAGCGAGAAGAGAAGGUUAUUUACCAUUAGACGAUGAUCAAAAAAUAAGAUCUAGUGGUCCAAGAGAUCGACUUGUUAGAGAAGAUGAAAAUGAUGAUUCUGAUGAAGAAUAUGAACAAAGCAAAUUCUAUUCAGCAAGAGAACUUUUGAAAAGUGAAGAAGAUCGGAGAAGAGAAGAACAAAACGAAUUUUUGAACCAAGAACAUGGCGACGGAGACAUUGAUAAUUGGAAAAAUGAAGAAGACCAUGAAAUGGAAGAAUGGGAAAAACAACAAAUACAAAAGGCAGUCAGUGGAAGAGCUGUAAGUUUGAUACUUUUCACAAAGUUCUAGUUAUUACUCGAUAAAUCUUGUUUUCAUUUUAUUUUAUUCAAUGUCAGUAAUUUUUUCAGAUUGGCCAACUUCGAAACGAAAGAAACAAUACAGCUAAAAUGUUAGGAUUACGAAUACCGGAUGAUAUAACUGAUGAAGUUGAUAUGGACAUGGAUAUGGAUAUUGAAAUUGAUGCUCCAAAAACAAAUUUUAAUAAUGGACCAACAAAUACUGGAGGGGUUGUAAAAUUGGAAGAUAUUCUAUCCAAGUUAAAAUUAAGGUAUUAUUUUAUAUUAUUGAGCAUCUAAAAUAAUGAAAUAAAUUCAGAAUGUCUGAACGAGAAGAAGCUUUGAAUUUUAGAAGAGAAGAAUUACGGAAAAUUGAACAACAUUUAGAAGAAAAUAUUCAAAUGAGCAAUUCGAUAGAAAUGGAAUUACCGGAAAUGAGCACAAAAUUUCAAAUGUAUCAAGAAUUGCGAAUUUAUAGCCGAAGUUUGUUAGAAUGUCUAAAUGAAAAAGUCGAAGAAAUUAAUGAAAUUUGUGAUAAAAAACGACAAUGUUCAAAAAUGAAAUUGAAUCGUUUGGUAAAAAGAAGAAGACAAGAUGUUAGAGAUCAAUAUUCGGAAUGUUCCACAAGUGCGGCUGGAAAAAGUUUGAAUAGUAUUAAACAAGGAGAUGCUGCUAUUCGAUCAGCUGAAAGAGAAGCGAGAAGGUAAGUAUGAAAUUGAAAAAUUUUUGAGUUAAUUUUUCGAAUAUUUUAAGAGGUCGCCGUCGACGAAAUCGAGAAUCAACUCUUGCUGGAAUUUCCCAUGAAGAUGGACUAAGUUCAGACGAUGAAGAAAUGACAACACAAAUCAUGGCUGAUAAAAGAAUCUAUGGUAUUCGUUUUUUUUUCAUAUUCCAAACACAAGCAAAAUGUUUUACUUACAGAAGAAGUUGAAGCACAAUCAUCUGUUGUUUUUGCUGACGCACUUGAAGAAUUUUCUGAUUUGCGAAAAGUAUUAGGAAGGUUUGUGUGAUUUUUCAAAGCUUCAUAAAUAAAAAUGAAUUUUUUUCCAGAAUGAUGGAUUGGUUAGCUGUUGAUACUAAAAGUUUUCAAGAUGCUUAUGUUUAUUUAUGUCUACCGAAAUUAUGUUCGCCUUAUGUUAGAUUACAAUUGAUUACGAGUGAUUUGUUGAAUGUAAGUCAAUUUGAUUGUUAUCUAUGGCUCCACCUUCAAUGUUUAUAUUUUCAGACUGAUUGUUUGAUUGAUUCGAUGCAAUGGUUCAAAGAUGUUAUUAUUGCUGGAUCUGAAAAUAUUGAUAUUGAUCAAGAACAUGAAAUUCUAGUGAAUCUUGCUCCAGCUAUCAUUGAAAAAGUUGUUCUACCCUUUCUGAUAGGUAAAUUAAGUUUUUUAGUUCAUUUUUAAGAAUAUUAAUUUUUAUAGAUACAAUCAGAGAUGAAUGGGAUCCAAUGUCUUUGAAACAGACCUCGAAAUUAGCUGAAUUUUGUUCGAUAUUUGGAAAAUUGCCAAAUCUGACGGAAAAAUCAAAAAUCUUCAAUGAGUUUUUGGAAACAAUUCGAGAUAAAAUAUUAAAUUCGAUCGAAGAAGAUUUAUUUAUUCCAAUGUUUUCAUCGAUUGCUUUGGAAAAUUCAUCGACCGGUUGCAAAGCUUUUCAUGAUAGACAAUAUUGGACAUCCAUCAAGGUUAGUUCUAUUUAUAUACGUUUUCUUGUAGAUUUCGGAAAAUGUUUCCGAAAUUCUGACAAUUCUAACAGAAGAAAACAAAACAUGGUUUUACUUUAAAAAAUAUUCAUUAUCCUGA